ACCCCAGCCUGGUCCAUGAGUGCAGAGAAGAUGGAGCUGCCAUUGCAAGGAAGCCUGCUCUUGCUUCUACUCUCAGGAUUUGGCUUCACUGAGACCCAUGAGCCUCCCACCUGCCCAGAACCCAAAGUUUUGGAUACCAGCAAAAUAAUGGUUCUGCAGGGCUGCCCAGGACCCACAGGGGCAGCUGGAAGCCCUGGGGAAAAGGGGGCACCAGGCUCUACAGGACUGCCAGGGCCACCAGGGAAAGUCGGACCCAAGGGGGAACCUGGAGAUGCCAUGGACAUGUUGAAGCAGUGCCAGGCAGGACCCCAGGACUGCAGGGAGCUGCAGAGUCGAGGAGCGUCCCUGAGUGGCUGGUACCAGCUGUGCCUGCCCAAUGGCAAGGUCUUGCCUGUCUUCUGUGACAUGGCCUCUGCUGAGGGGGGCUGGCUGGUGUUCCAGAGACGUCAGGAUGGCUCUGUGGAUUUCUACCGACCCUGGGCAUCCUACAAAGCUGGCUUUGGGAGCAAGGAGUCUGAAUUCUGGCUUGGAAAUGAGAACCUAUAUCAGCUGACCUGUGAAGCACCCAGGGAACUCCCAGUGGAGCUGGAAGACUUCAAUGGUACCCAGACCUUUGCCCACUACCAGGGCUUCAGGAUCCUGAGUGAGGCUAACAAAUACCAGCUGGUUCUUGACAAGUUCCUCAAGGGCAGUGCGGGGGAUUCCUUGACUUAUCAUAGUGGAAAGCCCUUCUCCACCCAUGAUGCUGAUAGUGACAUCCACAGUGACAAUUGCGCAGUCAUGGUGCAAGGGGCCUGGUGGUAUGCAAACUGCUAUAAAUCCAACCUCAAUGGACGCUAUGCAAGUACUAAGGCUGGGGCAUACAAGUAUGGCAUUGACUGGGCCACUGGGCUAGGAGUGGGCCACCCCUACCGUCGAACCUUAAUGAUGCUCCGUUAGGCACCUGGGGGGUGGUACUACAGCAUCCCAUGUGACCUAAGCUUAGCAAGCCAUUUCCCUUCUGCAGAUCUCUCUAAGAUCCCUCUAACACUGACUUCUUUUAAGUUCUAAAGUCCCUCCUCAUUUUGACAUUCUGUAUUUGUAGGGUGCUAACAUCUCUAAUAUUUUAUAUUCUAAUAGUCUGUUCUAAAGUCUCAGCUCUAAGUUAAGUCAACAAGCUUUUAUUGAUCACUUACUAUGUGCCAGGCACUGGGGAUACAAAUACAAGCAAAAAUCCUGGACCUCAAGGGGCUUAUAUUCUAAUGGAAGAAGACAUUAUAUAAAGGAAACUGACAAAGCAAGAUGAGGUGGUGGGUAGGGAGAGCCAUUCACAUGCUCGGGCAUGAUGGGGAGGUCCAGAGGAUGAAGGCUAUUUGGGUCCUUCCUCAGAAUGAAGGUUCUGAGCUCAGCAAUGGGAGAAAGGGGUCACCCUUCUCAAACAUUCUAUGUUCUAAGUCUCUUACCAGUUCUAACAGUCUACAUUUAAGGUUCCUUCUGACUCUAACAUUCUCAUUUCUAAGGGGUUUCUGGUUCUAAUGUUAUCUGAAUCCCUCAUUCUGUUUCUUGGGAUUUCUGGCUCCUUUAAGACCUUCUACCUCCCUGAGUCCAGCAGCGAACUUAGCUAUGGCCCCUAGAUAGAUGUACCAACUACAAUGCCCUCUGAUAAAAAACAAUAAAAUAAAAUCAUUGUUAAGCCUU